AUGGCACCUCUUUCGCUACCUGCUGAACUCCUCAUGAUCAUCUUUGAGGAGUGCGUCUCAUACGCCCAUGCGCACGACGGUCUUGCCUGGCAGUUCCACGUGUGCAAGCACCGCUGCCUAAGCUGGAUCCGAGUCACGCACGUAUGCCGCCACUGGCGUUCCGUAGCAUUGGAGCACCCUAGACUGUGGUCCUCCAUAGUGAUGGCCCCGGGACGUCGUGGUAAACGACUAACGGAGGCGAUGAUAGCGCGCUCUGCAGGCGCCCGUUUGUCACUCUCGUUCUCGUCGAAAAAGGCUGGAGACGAGAGUAACUUGAUACAGCAUCUUGGCUACGCGAAGGAGGUGGUUCUACGAGGCUACUCUAAGUCUUUCAUGUCUCUACUUGGCGAGCUUGACGCGCGGCAUGACCCUCCUCGGCAGGAUAUCUUGUUGGAGUCUCUCAGCCUCACGCAUUUCCGCGCCGGCCCUCACCGGAGUGUGAAUAACUCCAUAUCCGGGUGCCGUAUCUUCAACGGUUCCAAGCUGCGACGCUUGCAUCUUGGUUUUUUUACUCUGGGACGACACUUGCCUGGUUUCCUGGAAGGAAUGACAAAUCUUCAAGAGCUCUCCCUUUCCUCAACCAUAUAUCAGAGCCAACCCAUAGAGCCCAAAAUAUCCCUUCCCAGCCUCUUACGUCUCCACAUGGAAGAUCCAGUCCAUUGCUGCAAAGCAUUCAUCGACUCACUCGACCUCUCAAGGCCUCUCGACUACAUCGGAAUAGACAGCAUAAACAGGGGUACCGAAGUUUCUGCAUUCUUUCUCGCGGUACGCGAAAUCCUUAGCAGUUAUCAUGUCAUGGGCAUGACCGUUAGCAACCCCUCCACCCUGCUGGACUCCGCUCAAUACCACAGUGCGCUCUACAUCAAGUCAGAGAGACACGCUAGCGGCUGCCUUCUCUUCUGCAGGACGACAGUGAGCGUCGCUUACUGGCCAGUAGAUGUAGCGCACACUGCGCAGGGCAUCGCCCAUGUUACCAGUGGUCUGGACGCAAGCUCGGAUCGGGCGGAGAUUGCGCCCGCAGCAUUGUCUGCUCUCCUCGAGUCAUGUCCCGCUACCUUCAUCCGCAGCGUGUUCAGAUCCAACUUUGUGAAUGUCUCAUCGAAGCUCUUCAAUAAUUUACCAGUUCAAUCUGUCAUCUGCGCAGUUAUCGAUGAUUCCUUCUCCGCGAACGACAACAUUAAGGAGAGAACAGAAGUUCUCCUCUCGGAAAUCCCAUCCCUUCAGCACCUCGAGAUAGGUCGUGGUUCCCUUCUCGGCGCCAUUGACGCAUUACACCCGGCCAAUGACCCAUCUGAAGACAUUCUCGUUCCGCAGAUAACACACCUUGUUCUGUCCUCCGUCUGGAAGAAGGAGGUCUGGGUCUAUCCUCUCGUAUCGUGCAUCAUUGCUCGAGCAGAACGAGGAUAUCCGUUGCAGCAGCUUUCAGUGCGUGGACGGAUGAAGAUCACGGCGGAGGAGUGGAAAGCGCUUCAAGAGGUCCCGGUCACUUUGAGUUGGGAUGAUGUGUCGUACUCCUGAAACGUGCGACCGAGCACGCUCUAUGAUUUUGCUUGGCCAGUGCUCGGGCUCGAAUUCAGCACAUGUAUCAUGAAGGUUUAAAUUCUGUACCGUGCUGUUGAAUAGGCGUUUUUGCAGGCUGUCAUUUCGCUAACUUUGGCAGAUAUAGAGUGAUUUACGAGCCUUUUUGAAACUCGUCCGUUAACCACCAUGUCAAUAGGAAAUACUUCAAAGUCACAUCUACAACGAGCUUAGGUUUAGAUUAGAUUCUUCACGCGUCUAAUCAUUAUAUUGUACCACCUAAUUCAUGUCGACAAACUCUAGUUCCAAUGAUGGGAUAACUUCGCA